CCUCAAUUUUGUUUCCGAAAAUUUCACACAUUUUCUUUUAAUUAGUUUAGUAGUAAAAUAAAUAACGAGAAAAUGGAAAACAUUGAAGACAGCGAUUCCGACAAUAUGAAUACCUCAGAAAACUUGGAUUUUGUAAUCGAUACUGUUGGAGACACUAAUAAAAGUCACAAAGAUGAAACCAGUUCUGCCGGAGGGUCAACGAUUAAUAAAGAAAGCAUCGAUAAAGAUAAACGAAUUUCAGAUCUAUUUAAAGGUUUCGAUCACAUUUUUGAAACCCCGAAUUUGGCAGAAAUAACCGAGAUAAAAACCACAUCAAAAAAUCCCCUAGUUAAACAAACAUUAGAAAGUUUAGGGGUGAACGAGAACGGAUCGUUGAAGAAAAAUUACUACAAUUUUAGAAAGAAAGUAGAUAGUAAAACUGAUAAAAUAGACGUGAAAAAAGUUUUGGAACACUCAGUUAUAACACCGGAAUUCGAAAAGUUACAUGUAGUUCCCCCUAUAGAUGUCUCCGAGAAGAAGUUGAAACAACAAAGACAAAAAGAAAGGUCGUUAACGAAAGGUAGUAAAUGGUAUGGAUUACCGGCUACAGAAUUAACGGAUGAAGUGAAGAGAGAUUUAGAAGUUUUGCAAAUGAGAUCCGUUCUGGAUCCAAAGCAUUUUUACAAGAAGAACGAUUUGAAAGUGCUUCCAAAAUAUUUCCAGAUUGGCAAGGUAAUGGAUUCACCUUUAGACUUUUACAACGAUCGUAUUCCUAAGAAACAGAGAAAGAAGACAUUGGUCGAUGAGCUUCUGGCUGAUGCGGAAUUUAACCAAUACAACAAGAGGAAAUAUAAGGAGAUAAUUGAAGAAAAACAGAAGACCCACUACAAAGCCUGGAGGCAAGCUAAGAGAUUAAAAAAGAAAAAAUAGAAAAAUAAAAGAAAUAAUAUAAAAUUUAAAAUAUUUUAUUACCAAAAUUAUUACACAAACGAUUUUAAAAUUACUUAAAACACAUACGUUUACAUUUAUUUAUGCUAUAUACAAAUAAGUGUCUUUAUAAACAUACGAUAAAUAAUACUCUCUACGCUAUCUCCUUAAUAUCCGAUAAAUGUUUGGGCGAUUCGUACGAGACGUCGUUCCCGUCUCGUUCUUCCUCCUCAUCGAUGAUACUGAUAUCCCUGAUGGAAGGCCUGUGGCUCCUUCUCCACGUUUGCGAGUCCGUGUUAAAUUUCGCUUUGGUCAAUAGAACGGGCCCCAGCAGGGUCAUCAGGAUGGCGGCCGAAGGCGCCGUUAAAACUAUCGAUAAAACGCACACGUUCAACAUUUUCUGCGCCCAGUCGUAUUCCUCGGAACUGGCCGCUACCAGCCCUAGCGUAACAGGACCCAAAGCGGCCUAAAACAGACUCAUUAGAAACACAAAUUGUUCGCUAUAGUAAUUUAAAAACGCACCUGUACAGUCGCUUUGGACAUA